AAUUUUUUUUAUUUUUUUUCGGUGAAUGACUAGGGAUGUGAUGCAUCAGUAUUGUUGGAUAAUAAUGCAACAACAAAUAUAAUAAGUGAGAAAGAUGCAAGACUAAAGAUUAUAUCGUUGGUGUAUAAUAGCUCUAGUGUUGCUUAAUUGAAUCACUUUGUCCUUGUUAAGUGUUUUGGUGUAUAAUUUUCUUGUUGUUGCUUUUGUCUACCCCACCCCCACAACUAUUAGUUUCUCAAUACUUUAGCUGAAAUUUUUAUGGGGUUGCGUUUUUUGCUAUAAAGAUUUGAUCAUUUGUGUAUAAUGACUCUAUUGUUGCUUAAUUAAAUCACUUUGUCCUCCCCCCAUACCACACCACACACACACACAUAGUUGCUCAAUAUUUGAGUUGGAAUUUUUAUGGGGCUGUGUUUUGUGCUAUAAAGAUUAUAUCUUUGGUGUAUAAUAACUCUAGUGUUUCUUAAUUGAAUCACUUUGUCCUUGUUUGUGAUUUGGUGUAUAGUUUCCCUCUUGUUUUUGUCCCCUCCCCCGCGCCACAAAAAAUAAGUAGUUCCUCAAUAGCUGAGGUGGACUUUUUAUGGGGUUGUGUUUUCUGUUAUAAUGAUUAUAUCUUUGGUGUAUCACUCUAGUGGUGCAUGUUGAAUCACUUUGGCUUGUUAGUGGGUUGGUUUUUGUUGUACAGAGUGGAAUUAGGGCAAUAUAACAGGACAACACAAUGAGAUUGGAAAAAUGCUGGUUUUGUUCCUCAACUAUAUAUCCAGGCCAUGGUAUUCAAUUUGUCCGAAACGACGCAAAGAUCUUUCGGUUCUGUAGGUCUAAGUGCCACAAGAAUUUAAAGAUGAAGAGGAAUCCACGUAAACUUAAAUGGACUAAAGCAUAUAGGCGGCUGCAUGGAAAGGACAUGAUUCAGGACUCAACAUUUGAAUUCGAGAGGAAACGUAAUAGGCCAGAGAGAUAUGACAGGAAUGUAACUGAGAACACUUUGAAGGCCAUCAAGAAAAUUGAUAAAAUCAGAGUCGAUAGGGAGGAGAGACAUAUUGCUAAGAGGAUGAAAAGAAAGAAAACCAAGGAGCUGAGAGAAGCAGCGAAGGAGCUCGAGCAGAGCAUUUACUUAGUCCCGGUUCCAGAAAAGUCACCAGUUACACUGCCUGACAAGGUCCCGGUUACACAAAAGCAGUCGGAGGAAAAUCGCAUGGAGGAAUGAUUAUUUUGCUUCUUAUACUCUAUAUUUUCAAACUAAAACACAUAUCAUUUCAUGCUUAUUUUU